CUUCUUCCAUCCAAGCACCAUCUUUCCCCAAAUCAAAACCAAACCACAACCCAGAGCACCUCAAAAUGUUCACCCAUACCGCCUUCUCCCUCCCAUCCCCCCACACCCCUCUUUCAUCCACCACGCCGCCCAGAGCGGACUCCCGGUCUCCUUCCAAAGGGGGGCCUACAAACAUCAGCCGAUCGAAGACGGGGAGAGAGAGGAGGAAGAAGAAUAGUGGUCUCUCGCGCUUCACCUCAUCGCCAGCCUCUUCCUCCCCUGGCGACUCUGGAUCUUCCUCUUUCACAUCUGCCUCCCCCACCCCCAAGCCCAAAUACAGACGCCGAGUCCACCCACUCCAGCACAUCCCUCGAUUGCAGAGAGAACCUUCUCUCGAGACAAUCACCGAAUCUGACGAAUCCGACGUAUCCGACGGGUCCUCCACCCCGGGACUGUCGAGGUCGUCUUCGGUUUCUCGUCUUUUGCCGUCACCUUCUCUUUCGUCGUUGACGUCUUUGGGACGGCUGGUGGGGUUGUCGAAUGGGGGGAAGGGGAGUGACGGGGAGGGAGAGGGAGGGGAGGGAGGAUGGUGGAGUCUGUUGCCUGCGUGGACGCGCUGGGAGAGUGGCAAAGUAUGCAACACCAACACCGAGCACAAAGACGCCCCCUCAUCCGACUCCAACACCCCACUUCAUACCACCCACAAAACCUCCGAAGACGAACCCUUCUUCAUGAAACUCAUCUCUUCUUCAUCGGCGUGCAAGAAGGAAAGUCCAGCGGCGAGACAGCUUUCGGCCCUCCUUGCUACCCACAGCAUCACCUUCACUCCACCAAACACACCUACCAGAACGUCAACCUCUCACCCCCAGCAGGAUAUGUAG